UCUAGCUGGCAGACACGGUCUGUCACUUGCGAAAAACGCAAAACAAAAAUAAUUAAAAGUCAUUACAUAUUUGAGGAAAAUUUUCUUCAAAAUCAUCCACCCAAGUGUUUUAGAUGCCGUCAGCCUGCAUUAGUGAACUAUGAACUAUCGGGGAACGAUGCAGUACGAGCGUUGCAACUGCUGUUGAAUCCAAACCCACGGUCUGAUCUAAGAAGGGAGCGCCGACCGAAAAAUUUCCCUUCCCAUCACUUAAUCGGGCAGGACACUACGGAGGCUUCAGAUUGGAGGAGAAAAAGUGAGUGACUUAAGUCAGCGACCUUCUUCUGGAAGAUUUGGCUUAUCACCGUGAACGGGGUGAAAAGUAAAUAUUUGGCUCGCUUCCGACGUCGGUUGAGUCACGACGUUUUUUUUUUGUCGUCUGCUCUUCUGAGGGUGACCCUGCUAAUUGGCUGCGACGACUCACGGGAUCGAAUCAAGCAUCAGAGAGUGGGUAAAAAUGGCCUCGACGAUGCAGCUGGAGUUUGCCCAGGCGAUGACCGAUUUCAAAAACAUGUUCCCCGAGAUGGACCGGGACGUGAUAGAGGCGGUGCUGCGGGCCAACCAGGGUGCCGUGGACGCCACCAUCGACCAGCUGUUGGCCAUGAGCACCGAUAAUCAGGUGAGAUUUAACGAAAAGAUCCGCACGGAGUCGGAUGUGGACAUGGGAAGAACGCCGGCUCCGGGAGGAGGUGCCCUGCUGGACCUGACGAGCUCGACACCUGCGCUGCUGAGUACGUCACCCAAGUCCAGUGCGCUGGGGGCGUCUCCGAAGAUAAAGAAAUCUCCGGGAAGUUCGUCCAGCGUGACCAACAGUCCGCGAAACGCGCCCGUCAUGAUCGGCGUGGUGCCCAACGCGCAGGACAAGGGCCAGUCGAGCCGCAGAUGGAACCCACCGCUGCUGGGACCACUUCCGCCGACGUUUCUCCGGCUGGGCGGAUGUGGCGAGUCGUCGCGCAACACCGAGUUCGAUCUGGGUGACGAGCAGUUUGCGAUGAUGCUGCAGAACGAGGAGUUUAUGGCGGAACUCAGAUGGAACCAGGAGUUCCUGUCGGCGCUGGAGAAUGACCACCAGGGAAAGGUUUCGGACGAUGCGGCCUUCAAGGAGCGACUGCGCCACAUGGGCAAGAUCUCGCGGAAGAAGUUCACCCAGCUGGCCCGGGUCUUCACCUGGCAGCGUGGCAGCACCAAGAAGGCCAGCGCCGUCAGACAUCCGGACUCGUUGCUGCUGCAGGAGGAACACAGCGACGACGAGGAGCCGAAAAAGGCCGGACAGUCCGCCAAAAAGUAGAUUCCUCCAACAAGGGCGAUUGUGCAAAAUUGAUUCCAGAGUUUUAUCCGAUUUAUUUAGAGUGUACUAGACGAUAAGACUGUUAUAUAUAUUUUCUUUCCCGAGAAUUUGGCCGAAGAAAGUGCGCGGGAGGCUGCAGAACUGCAACAACUGAAAUUAUUACCUUGAACGCGGACUGAGAGAGGGUGGUGAGGGUUUUGAGUGUAAAUGGUCAUAUCAGCGAAAAGGGGGAAAGUUUGGAUGGGAAAAAGAGGAAAAUGUUUACACUUUUUUUUUGGUUGACGUGGCACGUGCAUCGCAAGUUCGGUUUUAGUUUUGUUGUAGCAUAUUUAUUUAUUUGUACAUAGAUAGAGACAGUUUAUUUUUGCCUGUUUUUACUUUUAGACUUUAGCCGAUACAUUAGGAAACGCAUUUAGGUCCGGUGCAAAAGCGUAGCUUAGGUUUGGAUUGUGGCAAUUUGUUCGAUUUGCAAGGCGUUGUAAUUUAGUGCAAACAAAAAUACUAUAAAUAAAUUUAAAACAAGCAGAGCAAUCUCCCUUUGUUAAGUAGAUGCAGUUACUUGAGGCAAACUAUUACCGUAUACAUUUGAAUUAUUCUCAUAGUGCAAGCUGGGCAAAACGUUGUAGAUACACGAUAAAUGUAAGUCAAUCACUAGAAGCAGUACUAGGGGAGGGGAAGAAAGAUUAAUGCAACCUUGCAAGAACUAGUCAAACGCAGAGAACGUGUGAUUUGGCUCCGACAGACAGUAACUUACAAACAAACGUGCAAUGAAUAUCUGUUCCGUGGCCAGGGUGGAAAAGAGCGGAGCUACAUAAAAGAUAAAAUAAUCUAAUUAAAAUACGAAAGCUGAGCCUAAAAUGCAAACAGCA